UUGUGUGUUCAGUCGUCGGUAUCACAAGUUCGAAAGGCUGUUCGUGGAUUGGAUCAUCUCUCGUCCGUUUCUUUCCUUUUGGGGUACCCACCCAUCACAACUCAUAGCGCAUUCCCGAUGCCUUCGAAAGUCCUAGAAAACGGCACGGUCAUUACAUUCGACGAUGCGACUAAAUCAGUUCGAGUGUUACCGCGAGCCUCAAUACUGAUAGUCAAUGAUCGAAUCGCCGCCAUCACCGAUAAUGCCGAUGACCUGUCAAUCCCACCGGAUGCAGAAAUCAUCAAUGUCGAAGGCAAAAUUGUAUCGCCUGGAUUUGUGAACACACACGUGCACAUGUGGCAGUCUGUUUUUCGAACUCUAGCACCUGAUAUUGUUCUUGCGCAAUAUUUCGACUGGCUGAGUCAAAUGUCUAGCACAGCGACAAAACACUUUACACCUGAAACUGUCUAUGUGAGCUGCCUUGAAGGGUAUCUUGAGGGUUUGAAUGCAGGUGUCACGUCUUAUGUCGACCACGCACAUAACAAUUGGGGUCGCGACAUCGUCAAGCCUGGCUAUGAGGCGGCUGUGGAUAGUGGGGCGCGAGUGUGGUGGUGCUACGAUGUCACCGUCAACAAUGAAAAAUUCCCGGAGAUGGAGCAAUGGAAGACUUUCAGUGGUAUUGCGAAAGAGCCUGCUCCUUCGCGCAUUCAGUUCGGACUGUCCUUGGAUGGGUUGGCUGGGGAAUUCUCGACAGACACUGAGAUUCAUCUCAACAAUCUCAAGAACGCGACUAAGGAAAUGAAUCUCACAGCCAUAACGAUGCAUCACAUGGCGGGUCCCUGGCCGCAAGGCAACUCUUCCCCGUCACUCAUCACAUCCCAAAACAUACACACAACCAACAUCCCCAUCAUCUUCUCACACGCAUCAUUCCUAACAACGGACGACAUGUCCGCCCUCAACCAACAUAACCUCUUCGUCUCCAUUACGCCCGAAUCCGAAUGCCACUACGGCCACGGGCAAGCAACGGGUCAUCUGAUCUCGCCGCAAGCGUCUCUCGGCGUCGAUACAGCUUUCACCUUCUCGGGCGACAUGCUAUCGCAAGCGCGCCUCUGGCUGCAAACCGUGCGCAACACAAACUACCGUAAAACGCUUGACGCAGGCCUGAUCCCCAAUAAAACACCUAUGAAGGUGGAGCAGGCAUUCCUUCUUGCGACACGACAAGGCGGACUUGCACUGCGCCGGCCGGAUAUCGGUGUACUGCAAGUAGGCGCGAAAGCGGAUAUUGUGGUUUUCAAUGGCGAUGCGCCUAAUAUGCUAGGCUGGAGUGACCCUGUGGCGGCGGUGAUAUUGCACGCCAACUCAGGGGAUAUCCAGCAUGUGCUCGUUGAUGGGCAGUUUCGGAAGCGGGAUUUCAAGUUGAGUGGGGAAGGUGUGAAAUGGAGUUGGGACGAUGUCAAGUCCCGGUUCGUAGAGGCGGCAAGGGCGAUUCAACCACUUGUCAAGACGCCGGUGCCUGCUCCAGAGAAGCUGUGGGGGAUAGCGGAGAUGGGAGAUGUAGAUGUUGCAAGCACCGUUGUGGGAUAG